UACCCUCCCGUUGUAACUUGCAAGUGCCCAUGAGGUCUUCAAUCUAAUUAAAUUAUUCUCUCGGCAAUCACAUGGAGAUCAUGGAAGUCUCGCGUUUCCCACUCCUUUUGCCUCUUUCUUUUUAUAAUUUAAUGCUUUGUUUAUAAAUAAAAUUGCUCUAACUCUUUCACUCCGUCUUUCCCAAUCCCCAGUUCAGUCUGUUAAACUGUAGUAAGGCAACCAAUCUGCUCUUCCGAUUUCUAUCUAUUUCCCAAUUAUUAAUCUGUGCCCAUUUCUUCAUUUGGUAUAAAUAUAAUGAAAAAAUUGUGUGGUCUGUUGUCAUCUCAUAUUCUCAUUCAAUAAUAAAUGAUAAUGAAAAAGUGCAAACUUUUAAGCUGUAAUCUAAAUUCAUUUUGUGGGUUUGUAUGUAGGCUUUUGGCAUACACAUACUAUCUUCUUUUGAUCUGCUAUUGAAUAGUUGGUUUACCCAUUAAAAAUGCAGGCUUUUACCCGCUACUAGAAGGGAAUCUGGUCAUUGUAUGUUUAAAGAUUGUGUUUUGAGUUUUAUUAAGGCUCUGAACUGAUAAUUAUGUCUGCAUAUGGCCAUUUGAUGGAAAGAGAUUUUUCUGCUCACAGUCUUUCAAGCAGAGAAAAUUCAGAAAUGGGAAGUCAUUUCACCAUGGAAUCGGGAAUUUACAUGUCACCGUUUGCAGCCACUGUCUUCUUUGCUGGGCUUGUGACAGUUGGGGUUUCACUGGUGACACUAGUAAUUACCUUAACUGUGAUGUUACAAUCUUGUCAAAGUAAACGUUCUGGGGUUGUAGAGAAUCUUCUUCAAGUUCCCAAAUCCACUUAUUAUUAUCAUCACUGCUUGCCUUUUGCAAUGCAUAUGGUGCUGAGUAGUUUGAAUUCAGAUUCUUUCCCAGAAGUUUGUAAAUAUUCCUCAGUUCCAUACAUCACAGAAGGCCAACCCAUGGAGGACUUCAAUGACACAGUCCAGAUGAUUGAGAAUUACUUUGGCACAAUCAAACCACUUAAAGAUGGCUGUGAUGUUGUGUUGAUGGAUGUCGAUGAUUUUUUCCCUGAAGAUCAAUCAUUUCAACGAGUUGAAGAAAAUGGUUGCUCUAAUUGUAAAGAAGGGUACAUAAAAUGCCCCAAACAGGUUUUUGUCUCAAAGUUGUAUAUGAAACUUCAGGCCAGUGGGCUGAAUUUGGUUUUGGUAUCAAGAAUGCCUGAGAAGUUGCGUAAUGCCACAGUAGAAUAUCUUCUUUCAUUGGGAUGCAGUGGUUGGUCAUCACUAUUUAUGAGAAAAGAGCAUGAAAAGCAGACAGAUACUCGGGAAUACUUCUUCAUGCAAAGGAAAGCUUUGGAAGAGCCGGGAUUUCACAUUGUAGCCGCUAUUAGUAGCCAUUUGGAUGUUCUAACUAGCCAAUCUUCAUUCACGCGUGUUUUUGGACUACCAAGCCCUAUUUCAAGAUCAAGUUAAAGCUCAGUUUAGAACAUCGGAAGCGAAAAAAUUACAUCCAUCCUUAUUAAAGCUUCUGCUACUACUUGAGCAUUUUACAUAGAAAAUGAUACAUAGGUAUAGAAAAAUGAAAAAUACAUACACAAUUGUGUGAAUUGCGACCGACUUCUUAAAUUAUACCGAUCUUGUUUAUGUUGGACUGUUGGUGCAUAUACUAUGACUUGGUAUACAUAUAUAUUCCUCACAUUAUAGAUGAAAUGAUUAAAAAAUGCUUGUCAAAGUUAGAUGAAAGGAUAGCCCAAGUAUGUACCAUAGUAAACUUCAGAAAAUCAGAACAAGCACUUGUCUGUUUCUGGCAUCAUAUGUCAAUUGAUAAUAUUCAUU